UUAGCAGCAGACUGUUGCUUUCUCGGCUGAUGUUAUACUCUAAAUUUAGGAGGUAAAUACUUGACAUUAUUAAUCUAGUUUACCGUCACUACUUCACACAUGAGCCUGACGUUUCUUUAAAAGCCGUGGACAAAAGGGAAAUGACAUGUCAACGACAGAAAAAACUCAACGCCGAGGUCUGCUGCAGUGAAGUUUACUAUUACUGUUGUCGUCCAUAACAAAAGAGAGAGAGAGGGGACGCUUUUCUCUCCUUUUUUUAUUUUAAUUGUGCGAUUAUUCGACGCCAUCGUGCUGCUAAAUGCCUUGGGAAGAUUUUACAAUGCAACACGUACUCGUCUGCUGUGUUUGUGUCGUGAAAGCAGGACAUGGAGCAAGGGGAAGGACCAUCUGAGUAACAGAUCAACACUUUUAGCUCAAGAGCUUUUUUUCCUCACCUUCAUUUUAGAAAUCACAAAAUCACACUGACACCAGAUUUCAAUCAAGCCAACUAAAUGUAAAGGGAUCGUUUGUGUCAAGCCACCAUGGAUAUCUUCCCCCGGCCAAGCGGUGAGAUCCAGAGGAGAAACCCCCAGCAUGACUUUGAGCUCAUCCAGAGGGUGGGAAGUGGCACAUAUGGAGACGUGUACAAGGCUCGAAACAUACAAACGGGAGAACUCGCUGCAGUGAAGAUCAUAAAGUUGGAACCAGGGGAUGACUUUUCCAUCAUACAGCAGGAAAUCUUCAUGGUGAAGGAAUGCAUGCACCACAAUAUUGUGGCCUACUUUGGGAGCUACCUCUGUCGGGAGAAGCUUUGGAUAUGUAUGGAGUACUGUGGUGGAGGAUCUCUGCAGGACAUUUAUCAUGUGACGGGACCUCUGUCAGAGCUUCAGAUAGCAUACGUAUCCAGAGAGACCAUACAGGGUUUGGGAUACCUUCACAGCAAGGGCAAGAUGCACCGUGACAUCAAGGGAGCCAACAUACUUCUAACAGACAACGGAGAUGUGAAGUUAGCUGACUUUGGAGUUGCAGCCAAAAUAACAGCCACCAUUGCCAAAAGAAAGUCCUUCAUUGGAACACCUUAUUGGAUGGCUCCAGAAGUAGCAGCGGUGGAGAAGAACGGCGGCUACAACCAGCUGUGUGAUAUCUGGGCUGUUGGCAUCACGUCCAUAGAGCUGGCCGAGCUACAGCCGCCAAUGUUUGACCUACACCCGAUGAGGGCUUUGUUUUUGAUGUCAAAGAAUAGCUUCCAGCCUCCGAAGCUAAAAGACAAAAACAAAUGGUCUGCUGCCUUCCACAACUUUGUCAAAGUGUCUCUGACAAAGAACCCAAAGAAAAGGCCCACUGCAGAGAAGCUUCUAUCACACGUGUAUGUAGCACAGACGGGUUUGACAAGGAGGCUCGCUGUCGACCUCCUAGAUAAGAUGAACAACCCAGAAAACCACCAGCAUUACAGUGAGGUUGACGAUGAUGACCUCGAGCCUCUCUCUGCAGUCAGACACACCAUUCGCUCCACCAACAAACAGGCCAGAGCUGAGAGGACACGCUCAGAGAUCAACUCAAACAAUGGGACAGACCAAGGAAGGCCAUGCUCAAGUCCUAGCUUCACUGAGCGACACAGGGGGGACGCAGUCGACAAGCUCCAGUUUGAACCACCUCUCCGGAAGGAAACCGAAGCUCACUCUGAAAUGGAUGUGAGUAAAGAUAAUGACUUCCCUUCCCCCUGGAGUCCCUUUGCAGAGGGAGGAAUAACAACCAGGGGACACAUCGCCCAUCUUGAAGACGCCUUUGAGGAAGUAGAGCUGUCAACCCUUAAGCCAGGGGUUCCUCCUCCUCUGCCCCCGAAGGUGAUCCCCAAAAUUCCACACUUAAACAGCCCGUCAGAGGACCUUGGCCUUAAUGAUGAAAGGUGUCUGACAGUUCGGAGGUUCCCUAACUCGGAGAAUGGACCGAGCCAGGUGGCUCGCAGACAGAGCACACCUGAGCAGGGCAACAAGGUGGAGCACUCAUCUCCAGAUUUCCUGUCUGCCAGCGUCAGCAGCCCGGGCCUUUUGUCUCAUGCCUCAGAUCCUGAGGAGGACUCGGAUGGCAGCGUGAACGGUGAAAAUCCCAAACCACCACCGAACCGGCAGCAAAGGAAGGAGAAAAAGGAUUUCCCUAAACCUGCUAUCAACGGCCUGCCUCCCACUCCUAAAGUACUGAUGGGAGCCUGUUUCUCUAAAGUGUUUGAUGGCUGUCCACUGAAGAUCAACUGUGCCACAUCAUGGAUUCAUCCAGACACCAAAGAUCAGUACCUAAUCUUUGGGACGGGGGAUGGCAUCUAUACGCUGAAUCUUAAUGAGCUGCAUGAAGCCACAAUGGAGCAGCUGUUCCCGAGGAAGUGUACAUGGCUGUACGUUAUCAACAACAACCUGAUGUCUUUAUCAGGAAAAACCUUCCAGCUGUAUUCCCACAACUUGAUCGGGCUGUUUGAGCAGCUGAAGAAGCCGGGACUGGCUGCUCAGUUCCAGACUCACCGCUUCCCAGACAAAAUUUUACCCAGGAGGUUUGCCUUGACGACUAAGAUCCCCGACACAAAGGGCUGUCACAAGUGCUGCAUUGUGAGAAACCCGUAUACCGGCCACAAAUACCUUUGUGGAGCUCUGCAGUCUGGGAUUGUCCUGUUGCAGUGGUAUGAGCCCAUGCAGAGGUUUAUGCUCAUCAAGCACUUUGACUUCCCUCUUCCCAACCCGCUGAAAGUGUUCGAGAUGCUCGUGGUCCCAGAGCAGGAGUAUCCCCUGGUGUGUGUGGCCAUCAGCCAGGGCACCGAGCCAGGCCAGGUGGUCCGCUUCGAGACUAUCAACCUCAACUCCUGCUCGUCCUGGUUCACAGAGAUUGGAGCAACUAAUCAGCAGGUGGACGCCAUCCAUGUCACCCAGCUGGAGAGAGACACUGUGUUGGUGUGUUUGGACCAAAAUUUGAAGAUUGUUAAUCUCCAGGGCCGACUGAAGUCCAACAAAAAGCUGGCAUCUGAGCUCAGUUUUGACUUCUGCAUUGGAUCUGUUGUGUGCCUUCAGGAUAGCGUCCUGGCCUUCUGGAAACACGGCAUGCAGGGAAAGAGCUUUAAGUCUAAUGAGGUCACGCAAGAGAUUUCUGAUCCCCACAGAGUCUUCCGCCUCCUUGGCUCUGACAGGGUGGUGGUCCUGGAGAGCCGACCAACAGAUAACCCCACAGCCCUCAGCAACCUUUACAUUUUAGCAGGUCAUGAGAACAGUUACUGAUCGUCUGCCGGAGACCUGAAGGCUCCCAGAGGAGUGGACGAGACGCCUCCAUUUUUUUAAUUUUUGGGAGAAAACUCCAGGCGUUGUUUCAUUUGAAACGUUUGGAUUUCAUAAAGAUAUUUUGGGAGUUUUUGUUACUGAUCACUGGUCCACAGGUCAGUCAUAAGGGAGCCUCUUCAGUAUGGAUUCAUGAGUAGCCUUAUAACCAGCAACACGUUCCCUGCAGCCCCCCUCCCCCCCGACCCUCAUGAAGGAGAGGAGGAGCGAGCAGAAGGUGGAGAAACGAGAAGAGCUCAGAUGAGCAUUGUUACUUAGCAUUUUUCUCACUUUUCUGUACUGUGUACUGAGUUACAAACGCGAUAUCUAGAGGUAUUAUUGAUUAAGUGCCAUUAAGAUUCACAAUAAUUUGUGAUUGUAUUAGCAAAACCAUGGGAGAUUUGUGUUAUCGUCUGUAACAUGUCGCUCGUAAUCAUCGCCCGUGGCAACCCGUUAUACUGUAGGCUUGAGAGGAGAUUUUUAUGAGCUCUGUAGUCAAACUAAUAGAUCAGUUUAAACAAGAAACCCAUGAGCCAUGUGGUUUAUUUAAGCAAUAUUUAUUAACAUCAUGUUAAGUAAAUAGGGUAUGUUGGAUUUACAGACAGAGACCGAGCAGUCCUGCUGUGUGCGGAUUAACUACCUAGUGAACAGAUCCUGAGCAGCUUUUGGGUUAUUUUUACUGCUUUGUAAUAUAGUCGCAUCUCUCCUGCUCUGCUGCAUUUUUAGAAGUUGAAUAUAAUGUACAAAAAAAUAAUUGUGUUUUUCUUUACCCCUCCUCUUUUAUAGGAUCUUUUACUUCUUAUUAUUUGCACCAUGUAAGCACUUUUGUACAUUUUUUUAAUUUAAAAUAAAAAUGACAAAAUGAGGGACGAUGCUAGGUUUUUGUUUUUUUUGUUAACAUCUUUGCAUUCCCUUCGCAAAAUGUUUAAUGUAUGCUGUUUUUUGUAAUAAAAAAAAAGCUGUUGUUAACAAGAUA